AUGUGUUUCACCACACGAGCAAGCAGGAUCCUCGUCCAGCUUCUCAGAACAGAACGCGAGCAUGAUGGGCAGCUAAGGGCGAUCCGCUCGUUGACAGAAGGCCGAUCGGGUUCUGGAAAGUUGAUGUAUCGGAUUCUUUGCCGACGCCUCGAGUCAGAAACGACUCGGCGAGACGCGCUCGCUCAAUGGAUCAAUACUGCAUCGCAACGACUUGUUCAACGCCAUCUGCAAGGGAUGCUGGAAACCUGCAACAUGGAUAAUCGCCCAGGAGGAUUCGAGCUCGUCGUCCCCCCUUUUCUCUUCUUUCCAGACGGUUCUAUUUUGGCGAGAGUGCCUCGCGAUCAUCGAUUUUGCGUUAAUCUGAGUGAAGACGAUACCUUAGCUCCUAAUACGGAAACCAGAAGUAAGGAAGUGAAGAAAAAAAGUCGAAAGACGAGAAGUCCCCGAGACAUCGAUGGCUGGAUCAGAAGCUGCUUCAGGUGGCAACUGCGACCUCUAUGGCUUCUGCAGUUUGCAGAUAAUGUUGAUGUGGUUGCAACUACAAGUCCCUCGGUCUGGACAAACGCUCCCCAUGAGCCCAGGUUGCAAGCUGUAAAAAGUAGCAAAGUAACCCGAGUAACUGCUCAGUCUCUUCGCAAGAUGUUAGAGCUUCAUAGUCCGUGCUCGACGCAGAAUAGCAAAGAAAUUGAUAACAAAAAUAGCCGCCGCCAACAUCGUGCACUGUCGUACAGCUUGGAGAUGGAUCCAGCCACCCAGAGGUCUUUGGAGCACGCAAAAGAAAAGGACGAAAGUCGAGAAGGGCCCUUCGAGUGGCUACCCUAG